UCCAAUGGACCGGCGAUGAUAAGCAGCCAGCCGGGUCAGCCGAUAAGCCGUUGAGAAGCUCAUGGAUGUCCAGUGAGGAGCUGCACGCGCGGCAGACGGCCACGACGUCGUCCGUGGUAAAAUGCAAACUUGCGAAUUUCACGGAUGCCCGAGUGCUCGAAACGACCGGGGAAGAGGGGGACCGUUGCGAGCCUGCGAAAGAGCAAAGUAAACACGAGCUAGCCGCGAGACGGGCAGGGAACUCGAGCGGAUUUUGUAGUGUUAACAGCGAACCGACUGUUCUAGACACGACGACCACGCUGGAACGAGACUUGUCACGUGUAAUCCGUUGCAACGAGAUUCAAUCGAAUCUCUCGUCUCUUCUAUGCGAUGAACGGACCGUUCAUGAGGUAGUUGAUAGCAAUUCUGAGAAGAACGAAGUACAGAACCUGACAGUCCAGGUGAAUGUUCCUUGCGUUGAAACUGCGGAUUGGAGGACUUCCCAGGUGACUGUGGAGAAUUGUUUGAACCCCGACAGACUGAUUCAAACGGGGCUAGGCGAUCAGACUCCAAAGAAGACCCAGAGCGAGACUAGAAGCGUGCGCAGGAAGAAGGUGAAGAUCGUUAGGUAUCGGAGGAUCCAGGAUUCAAACGACUGGAAGAUGAAGUUCACUAUUAGGAUGAUCAGGGUCAGGGACAAGCUGAUGCUUGGCCUGAGCGCCUUCACUAUAUUGUUUACUAUUCUAUUGGUGAUGGACCUUCAGAUGGACUUGGGGUAUAGCGGGCAUCAUCUUGUGCCCAGUCAUGGACGUGUUCGGAUGGGGGACGAUCCGAACACGGAUACUAUUUAUAAUAAUUUUCGACGGAAGUUCUUGCAACGUGUGAACGCCAGCAAGGAACAGACCAGUGGUGAUGUGUCCGGGACAACGCAGAACAGUGGAAAGGAGGCUGGCGAUGUGGGUAGGGACUCGAGGACCGAGAAGAUCGUGGUGCACGACAGCUUUCAGGAUUUAGUGGACAUCGUGGUGAAGGGUUAUGGUGUUAGUGUGUACGAGGGUGUGGCUAGGAUCAGCGGGGAGGAUCAUUCGUACAACCCGACGUUGGGUGAUUUGAAGAAGAUGAGGCCAAAGAAGAACAGCUCGACUCUCGACAGAUUCCAUUUGCAAAUUUCCAGAACGGAACUGUACCCAGCCGACUCGAAGUAUGCGGACCAAUUGCUGCACGAAAUCGCGACGAAGCCUAUCGUCCAUGUUGCCCAAAAGGAGGGUGGAACGCAGCUGAAGCUCGAGAUUAAAUAUUCGAACAUGCAGGCGCUUUUCAAGCCUAUGAGGUUCCCUCGACAGCAGCAGACUCUGCCGAAUCACUUUUAUUUCACCGACUUCGAGAGACACACGGCCGAGAUCGCAGCGUUCCAUUUGGACAGACAUUUGGGAUUCCGAAGGGCGAUGCCAGUCACGGGUAGAACGUUGAACCUGACGACAGAGAUCUAUCGGAUCGCCGACGGCGAGCUCCUGAAGACGUUCUUCGUCAGUCCAGCUGGUAAUAUCUGCUUCCACGGGAAGUGCAGUUAUUACUGCGAUACCGCGCACGCGAUCUGCGGGAAUCCAGACACCCUCGAAGGGAGUUUCGCCGCGUUUUUGCCGGACAAAACGAUCGUCGCGAGGAAAGCCUGGCGGCACCCCUGGAGAAGGAGCUACCACAAACGGAAAAAGGCGCAGUGGGAGCACGAUUCCGAUUACUGUUCCCUGGUCAAAGAGAUACCACCGUAUGAUGAGGGUCGUAGGCUCCUGGAUCUGAUGGACAUGGCUGUGUUGGAUUUUCUCAUGGGGAAUAUGGACAGGCACCAUUACGAAACGUUCAAGAUAUUCGGGAACAACACGUUUCCGUUGCACUUGGACCAUGGUAGAGGCUUCGGGAGGCCGUUCCACGACGAAAUCUCCAUUCUGGCGCCCAUACUGCAGUGUUGCAUGAUCAGACAGAGCACGUUGAGCACGCUACUGAAAUUCCAUAACGGGCCGGUGCCUCUCAGCGAAGCUAUGCGAAAAAGCAUAGCGAGGGAUCCAGUGGCACCAGUUCUCUGGGAGCCUCAUUUAACGGCCCUCGAUCGAAGGGUGCGCGUGAUACUUCAAGCGGUCCGUGACUGCAUAAAUCGCGAGGACUCGAGCCAGGUAGUCCACGAGAAAACCGAGGACGGUGCGUCCUAACCCUUCCGUGGAUUCUCGGUGAAAAGGACGAUCCUGAAAUUCUGGACGCAAAUGAACCAUCGAGUUCGUCGCGACGGUGCAUCCUCGUUCGUUGUAAAAAGAAUCUGUAUAAAGACGUGUAUAAAGAUUAUUAUGGUGACUGAAUGGGGAUAUGUUCGCGUGAGUGACCGUGAAUGUUUCUAAAUUAUGUGGUCCAAGGGAAUAUUCGUGAAAAAAAAAUUACGAUUUCUUGUAUCAUCGAUCGGCAAUUUAAUGACACCGAGUGGAUUCGGUGCCUCCACGAAAUCGUUACUAUACAGAGUUGGGCAGAAUUUUAUUUGAAUAGUACACAGUGAAA